GAUGAGAAGAAGAAGACAAGGAUGAGGAUCUGGAUGGUUCCAUUGUUAGAGGUUUAAGUAGCUUAAAAAGGCACGGUGGUUUGUUCCCGGAAUUUGGCGGUUAUUGUGGAUCUGACACACGCGACCCCACACUUCACACUAGGCCGCUUUUUGUUAGUUUCUUGCUUUCUCUCACGUCACUCUUUCAUGUGAUUCUUGUUCUUUUUCUUAGCCUCCUUCACGAUCCUUUCCUUCCAAAAUCGAACCAUUCCAAUGGAGUCUCUCCGACUCACUCCUAUUCAUCACCAUUCCUUUGUUUUUGUAAGGCACUCGCAUCUCCAACUAGGUUCCCAUCUCCCUUCUUCUCUGCUUACAAGAGCUUCUAGAAAUGCUAACCUGCGCCUCACAAGAUCCUUUUCCGGCGAGGUUGGUCCUCCUGCUUCCCAUGACGAAAACAACCCCUUUCCCUUCAAAGACGAGCAACCACAAGAACAAGAAAGGGGUCUCUUGUUGGCCAGAGAGACAGAUGAUUUUGGCUCACUUGUUGGCUUCCGUUUGAUUCCUGGCUCCGGGACCACGACAGAAGAACAACCUGAGGCUAAGGUUGGAGAAGAGUUAGAAGAGAAAGCUGAGGCUAAGGUUGGAGAAGAGUUAGAAGAGAAAGCUGAGACGAAGGUGUCCUAUAAUAUUACCUUUGUUACUGCUGAAGCUGCUCCAUAUUCAAAGACUGGUGGCCUUGGAGAUGUUUGUGGUUCUUUGCCAAUAGCACUGGCAUCUCGUGGCCACCGUGUUAUGGUCGUCUCGCCAAGAUAUAUGCAUGGUACUUCUGAGGAUGCUAGGUAUUCUGGUGCAGUUGACAUGGAUUGCAACAUCAAAAUAUAUUGCUUUGGUGCUGCUCAAGAAGUUGGCUUUUACCAUGAGUAUAGGAAAGGUGUUGAUUGGGUAUUUGUGGAUCACCCUUCAUUUCAUAGAGCAGGGAGUCCAUAUGGGGACAUGUAUGGCACUUUUGGGGACAAUCAGUUUCGGUACACUUUACUUUGCCAUGCUGCAUGUGAAGCCCCAUUGGUGCUUCCAUUGGGAGGGUACACUUAUGGAGAAAGAUGUUUAUUCCUAGUUAAUGAUUGGCAUGCCAGCCUUGUUCCAGUACUUUUGGCAGCAAAGUAUCGUCCACAUGGGGUAUAUAAGGAUGCACGCAGUGUAUUAGUUAUACAUAACAUUGCACACCAGGGAGUGGAACCUAUAGUUACAUAUGGUAACUUGGGGCUACCUUUGGAGUGGCGUGGAGCACUGGAGUGGGUGUUCCCCAAUUGGGCAAGGAUGCAUGCUCUCGACACUGGUGAAGCUGUCAAUUUUUUGAAAGGUGCCAUUGUUACAGCAGAUCGGAUAGUUACAGUAAGCAAGGGUUAUUCCUGGGAAAUCACAACUAGUGAAGGUGGAUAUGGUCUACAUGAGCUACUGAAAGAUCGAAAAAGUGUUCUCAGUGGGAUCACAAAUGGAAUUGAUGUUACUGAAUGGGACCCUUCAUCUGAUCAAUAUAUUCCUUUCAAAUAUUCUGCUGAUGACCUCUCUGGGAAGGUCAAAUGCAAGAUAGAAUUGCAGAAGGAAUUGGGUCUCCCAGAGAGACCCGAUUGCCCAGUGAUUGGAUUCAUUGGAAGGCUAGACUAUCAAAAAGGAAUUGAGCUGAUUCGCAUGGGAAUUGCAGAACUCAUGGAAGAUGAUGUUCAGUUUGUAAUGCUUGGGUCUGGAAAUCCUGCAUACGAAGAUUGGAUGAGAGCAACAGAGGCUACUUAUAGAGAUAAAUUUCGGGGUUGGGUUGGAUUUAAUGUUCCAAUAUCUCAUAGAAUAACUGCAGGGUGUGAUAUACUAUUGAUGCCAUCGACAUUCGAGCCUUGCGGACUAAAUCAGUUGUAUGCAAUGAGAUAUGGAACUAUACCAGUGGUUCAUCAAACCGGGGGGCUGAGAGACACUGUUCAAAAUUUUAACCCAUUUGCUGAAGUGAAAAAUGAUGAAGGCACAGGGUGGACGUUUUCUCCACUAACAAAGGAGAACAUGUUAGUGGCUCUGAGAUAUGCCAUACAAACAUACAGAGAAUACAAGUCUUCUUGGGAGGGAUUGAUGAGAAGAGGAAUGACAAGAGACUAUACUUGGGUAAAUGCUGCUACUCAGUAUGAACAAAUCAUAGAAUGGGCAUUUAUGGAUCCACCCUAUUGCUGAUGAAGCCUUCAAAUAUGAUAUCAGCUCACUAGAAUCAAUAUUUUGGACUCCAUCUUUGCUGUAUAAUUUUGCUACUAUAUUUUAACUACACGCAGUUUUGCUCUCAUUGGUGAUGUCAUAUCAGCAUAUAAACUCAGCAAAUAUUCUUAGGAGUAUAUUCAAUACGUGAUUCUUUUUUUCUUUCCC